AUGGUCCAGCUUCUCAACAUCGCCGCCGCCGGCCUCGCCCUGGCCGCUCCCUUCGCCGCUGCUGUUGGCCGCGCCCGCGUCUUCAACAACUGCGACACCACCGUCUACCUCUGGUCCGUCGGCGCCAGCGUCUCCAACGCCUGGGGCAUCGACCCCAAGACCGAGUACAGCGAGGAGUUCGUCAAGGACCCCGUCACCGGCGGCAAGGCCCUCAAGAUCACGCGCGUGCCCAACGGCCUCUACAACGGCGCGCCGCAGACCAUCUUCGCCUACAGCCUCGACAACGCCCAGGUCUGGUACGACCUCAGCGACACCUUUGGCGACGCCUUUGCCGGCAGCAAGCUCGUCGAGGCCUCGGCCAACCAGAACUGCCCGGCCAUCGUCUGGGACAACGGCGUCCCACCCGCGGGUAGCCAGGUCAAGACCUGCACUGCCGACGCCGACGUCACCCUCACCCUGUGCGCUGCUUAG